AUGUUGGCUUCAAAGAGAUCUCAUAAGGCUGGUGGGGCGCCAGCUUCAAAGGAAGACGGCCCCAGUCAGCAGCAGCAGGGAGAACAGCAGCAGGAGCAGCAGCACGGACAGCAACAGGAUGAGGAGGAAGAUCCUGAACGGCAGAAGCUGCUGCAGAAGCUGGAUGAGCUGCAGCAGGAAAUGCUGCUGCGGCAGCAACUAGAUGAACUUGAAUGGUUAUUGCCGAUGGCGACUGAUUUGUCGGAUCGUGUGGAGAGCGGGGAAGCCUAUUCUGCAUUGCAAGACCUUCGCAGGAGUAUACAGAAGGCGCAGCAGCAGCAGCAGGUGCUGCAGCAGCAGCAAGAACAAGAAGAACAACAGCAACUGCAGGAACCUCAGGAACAGUGGGAAGAAGAUUCUUCUGCUUCUGAGACCCCUCCUGUUGAUCCUCCUAUGAGUAUAAUGAAGGAGGCGAUAGAGAGGGGAGUUGCUGCUCUGUCCCGGCUGCAUGAAGAAGUUCGUCGGCAUGGCUUGUCUAUAGCAGGAAAAACAAAGAAUAUACAACCAACUAGUGUAACGUGCAUGAGAGAAGUCGAAAUCAUUGAGAAGAUUGAUGCGGGUGUCUCAUCAUCGUUGGCUUCUUUCUUGGGGACUGCAAGUUUUUUUCAAACAGUGUACUCUCGCAAGGUAGAGCAAGUAGAGCAGCAGCUACAAGAAUUACCUCCCUUCACAACAUUGGAGGAGAAGCAGUUGUUGUUUGCUGCUGAAGCGGACUUCUCUUUUGUUGAAGGAGCACGGGAUUCUAUAGAGACAGGGCAGCGUUCUAUCUUGUAUCUCUCUUCAACAGCAAGUGCAGUUGCUAUGCUGCAUCUCCUAAGAGGCGCGAAUUGUUUAUAUAGAGAACAACGAGAUCUUCUAGAGGGAAGACAUGCUAUGUGUGUGGCUGAGAAGAGAAGACAGUUAUCUCACGUUCCCGUAGACCCUGCCGUUCUUGCUGCUAUAGAGAAAAUAGAAGAAGAGCUGAAAAGAGGGCAUCGUCUGCUGCAGCGUUUGCAUGAUGCAGUGGAAGAAAUGCAUAAAAGAGAUAGCGUUAUAGCUGCACAGCCUGCUGUCCAGCGAGCACACGAAGCAGGAAAGGUACUGAAAGAACUCCUUGACGAUGUUGCUGCUCGAAUGAGUUCUCUCCCCGGUGCUGCAUGGGGAGGAGAAACAGCAGAAGACGAUGGGGUGCAGCGCGUUAUGAGGAGACUAGCACAAAGGGCAUGCCAAGAUGCAGCAGCAGCAACAAGAAGAACAGUAGAUGUUCAGAAAAGAUUGCAGGCUAGGAAGACUUCCGCUUCUUCUGAAUUGGAAAUAGAACAGCAGCCAGAGCAGCACCAGAUAUACCCAGGGCGUAAAGAAAGAAGAAUAAAAUGCGUCGGUCUUCGCAAACAGCUUCAGGAUGCGCUGGAGCGAAUUGAAAGAAAAGUAAAAUCUGCAUUCAAUCAGGCAUUCAGUGCUUCUGUUUCGCAGCAAGAGAACAGCAAGGGGCCUAUGCAUUCGAUGGAUCUCGUAAUUACUGCAAGACAUGCAGCAACAGUAGCCGAGAACCUCUUAGGAGGAGCAGAGAUGCUCUGGCUGCAGUGGCAGAUGCUUGAGGGUGUAGAAGAAGACAUGGGGUUGAGCGCUAAUAUCGCGAAGAGAGCAGCAUCAUCACCGGGCCUGCUGUAUUUGCAGCAGCAGCAGCAAGAGGAUGAGGACUGGGAGGCUCAGCACCCGGGUCUUUCUGAACGAAACAAACAUUUCGAAGCUCUACUCAGACAAUUUAACGCGAAUGAAGCUGCUGCGAAGAUGCAGACAAGCUUGGGGGACUUAGUCGCUACAGCAGCAGCAAUGAAGGGCACAUCAAUUGGGCUUUCUUCUCACGUUUCGGAAGAUCAGCAGGCAGCGGUUCGACGCUUUUCUCUCUGA